AUGCGCUUCCGUUCUCGGAUGCAGCAGAUCAAUCCAGAGAAGCUCUUCUUUCUCAUUACUCCACGCCAUGUGAGCGAAUUCCUCAGCUUCGAGGGCACCCUGGGCGAAGGCGGAUUUGGAACUGUAUUCAAAGGAAAACCUACACCUGCUGGCCACAAACUUGUUCCAGAGAUGCGACCGAACAAGUACUACGCAAUCAAGAUGAUCCGUAAACCCAGACGGGGUGGCUUUGCCGAGGAAGUUGCUUACAGCCUCCUAGCAGUCUCACCUGAUCGCCACCUGCAGUACAUUCACAUCAUGACGGGCAGCGAGCCACUUCAAAACGGCAUCCUGGGCUUCAUUGCAGCGUUUGUGCAGCCACAGCAGGCUGUGUACCAGGUCAUGGAGAUGCUUGAGGGCCCAGACCUCUUCGAUUUCUUAGCCCAGAGAUCCUCCAAGCUGGAGGAAAGAAUAGCUGCCGGGCUCGUCAAGCAAAUGCUCAAGGCCGUGAACUUCCUGCACCGCAAGGUUGGCGCGCUCCACCGGGACAUCAAGCCGGAAAACUUUGGCUUCAUCAAGCCGCCCAUUGCAGGGCAGCCGCUGCCGGAACUGAAGCUUUUCGACCUGGGGCUUGCUUGGGUCUUGAAAGAUACAGUCACGGAUGAGACAGCCAAGACUUUAUUGCGAAUCAAGCGAUGUGGAACUGCCUGCUACAUGGCACCAGAAGUCUGGGAUGGAAACACAGGUCCACCUUCAGAUGUGUGGGGCGUCGGAGUGGUCUCCUAUGUAGUUACCAGCCUAGAAGUGCCAUUCAAGCUGAUGGAGACCAAGCAGCCAAAGAUGGCCAUCCGGACGAAUCCGCUUUCCUUUUCAUCCCGGGCCUGGCAGAACACCUCAGAUCACGCCAAGCACUUCCUGGAGGGACUGCUGGACAAGAACCCAGACACACGGUUGACAACUGUUGAGGCGCUCGCGCACGAUUGGUUGCAGGACGCCAGAAUGGGCUUGCCGCCAAUUGCUGAAGGCGAGAACAGCAAUGUCAGCGUUGAUGGACAAGAUGUAAAGCCCUUCCAGAAAGCGCUGCCGUCGCUGCCACCCAAGUCCAAGCGAAGUGAAGCGGGCUUGUUUGAGUCCAUGACAUUCGCGCCGUCGAUGUAUUUCGGCGAAACGGGUACGGAUACCUCAGCUCGUGAACUUUCAGCCCAAGGAGGCUGA